AUGCUUGUUAAAUUAAUUCGUCCUUUUUUGAGAAUCAGAUCGAUUAAUGUAAAAUAUAUUCCUUGUCAAAGUUUAACUACAUCAAAUGUAUUAUUUGAGAAAUCUUCUUCUGGAAAAACUCCUGGUGCAUCAUCAAAGCCUACUGAAAAAAGCGAAUAUUCAAAAAAUGAACAAAUAAAUCAACGUCAUCAAAGUGAAAAUAAAAACACAAAUCGAGCUGAAUCUGAUGUUGAACAAGAAAGAUCUCAACAAGAAGGUCCAGCUGAUAAAAAAGCUGAACGAAUAUCAUCAAUUAAUACUGAUUAA